AUGUCGAGAUUCAGCAGAAAGAAAAGGAAAAAUCCCUUUCAUAUGAGAGACUUCGUUUUGGUGUCACAUCCGUUGUUUAUGUGUUUGGCGAUCCUUCUUGGGGUGGCGCUAUCAAUCUCUUUUGUCUUGGUUGCGACUCACCCUGAUGUGCAUGUUGCGGCGAAAAUAUCUGUUGAAGAUGCCGGCAUGAAUGGAAGAGGGAACAGACAGCCGGAUACGAAUAGUGAAGGAACUGAAUCUUUGAUCGGUCCCGAAGUGCCAUACCUUCCACCCUUUGCAGAAAUUGAAAAUUCUGAACAACUGAUUGAAGAUACACUCAACGGGAAACCAACGGUUGCUGGCAUUGUAGCCCACUUGAACAAAUUUCUUAAGGAGUUACACAAGUCAAAUAUAAAGAACUCAAAAGAAAAGUUGCAACCAAACGGCUUAGUGCAGACAUACUUUGACCUGGCGAUGCGGUAUCUGAGGCCGCUGGAUGAGCCGUAUCGGGGAAGGCCUAUUUUCGAGAUCCGCGAAGAUGACAGCAUAUUCGUCAGCUUAGCGGCCUUUCGUGAGCAUUUACUCACCCAAACAUUGAAAUCUGCGUUCGAUCAAGCAGAGAACCCUGAAAAUUUGUUCAUUGGUGCGGCGGUCCAGAAUUGCUUUGGUACGGAUGGCCGUCAGUGCAAGACUGGAUUACAAGUCAUUGGCAAGAACGCACAAGGCAAAGAUCAAGUAAAGAUGAGUGAUGCUCCGCCCGACGUCAACGGCAUUGAAGACUUCUGCAGGGAUCCAAAAUAUGAGAAACAUUGCAAGAGCGGGCACAUCCGCGUCCUGUACCUGCAUGACACGGAUGCUUUGGGACCCGCUGUUGCCCGCUAUUACGCUAGUAAGUUGUGGGGAGGAGAAACGUAUUUCCUUCAAAUGGACAGUCACCUUGAGUUUGCAGCGAAUUGGGAUACUAAAUACAUUGCUGAGAUCAAAGCAGCAAAAUCCUUUCCGAAAGCCAUACUCUCGAGCUACCCUCCCGGAUUUACGAACUUUGGUGAAUACUCCGGAGGCUCUCCUGGAACUAGACUUUGCACUUGUCAAUUUUCCAACAAUGAUGUCGAGAACCAUAUCAUUCGAAUCAACACAGGUGGCAGAUGCAAAGGCGAUGAACCUCGCCCAACGCAAAUUGCUUUUAUUGCUGCUGGAUUUUUCUUUGCUCGAGCCGAAUUCUUGAUUGAUGUUCCAUUCGAUCCUUACGUUCCAUGGUGCUUUAUGGGGGAAGAAAUCGCACUCAGCAUACGUGCAUGGACCAAUGGAUGGGAUAUAUAUGCGCCUCGACAAAAUCUUAUUGCGCAUCAAUAUAGACCUGGUCGGCUGGGUUUGCCAAAGUUUUGGGAAUCGGUUGGUAGAGACUCUGGAAGACCAGGACUCAACACCAAGGUUCAGAAGCAUGUUCUUCGGAGAAUUAAACAUAUGGUUGGAUACACCACAGACACGAAAGAUUCAAUUGAGGCGGAGGGGGAUGGUGCUGUACUUACUGAUUUGGAGCAUUACACUGUUGGUAACACCCGGUCGCUAAAGGAUUAUCUGGAGCUCACAAAUAUUGAUCUAGAGAAUAUGAAAUGUGGUUACAUGAUGUGGUGUACUAGGGGCACUUUAGAAUAA